ACGUAUAACCCCGCUCUACACGCUCUGCGCCGCUUCGCCAUCUCGACUCGACGCUUUUCUCUUCUCAUUUGACGUUGCAACAUGGCCUCCCGCGAAGCAGCUCCGGCUGAGGCUCCCCCUCGGGUCCCCUCUCCAGCUCCAGCUGCGGCUGCUGCUGCCGUCGUUGCUCCGGCGGCUCCGUCCAAGUACUCCAGCCGAGUGGUGCUGCGGACGGUCCUGGAGCGGAGCGACGGCGGGCUGGGGCUGGUCGGGGAGAAGCUCGUGGUCGGAGGCUGGGUGAAGUCCUCCAGGGAGGAGAAGAAGGAAGCGCCGGCUGCCCCGGCGCCUGCGCCGCCGGUCCAGGAUAAGGUUGUCGGGGCGGAGCAUAAGGACGUCAGCUGCGUGGAGUUGUUCCAGACUCGGAUACCGAUCUUUAGGUCGAUCAUGAAGGUCUUCGGUGGAGGCGGUCAUCCUACACGGCAGAGGAUCGAAGCUGCCGGCGCUAAGCCAGGGCCAGUGCCGUCCCCGCCGCCACCAUCCAUUGCCCUUUUGCAGAUUAGCGACGGUUCUUGCGUCGCGACCUUGCUGGUAGAGGUAGACUCCUCAUUAGCUUCCCCAAGUCUGCUCCUCCCUACUGGGACAUGCUUGUUGGUCGAAGGCACAUUGACGAAGCCAGAAACACAAGGCAAGCACACCGUCGAGCUUAAAGCAGAGAACAUUCUUCACAUUGGGAUGGUAGAUCAGGACAGUUACAUAUUAUCAAAGAAGCGACUGCCUUUGGAUUCUUUGAGAAACAGCUUGCAGUUUCGACCUCGUACAACUACGGUGGCAUCUGUUAUGCGUAUACGAAAUGCCCUCACUUUUGCUACCCACUUAUUCUUUCACGAUAAUGGUUUCCUCAAUGUGCAAGUACCAAUCAUCACAAGUACAGAUGAUGAAGGAUCUAGCCAAAAGUUCCAUCUAGUUGUACUUCCUGGGUUAACAGAUUCGAAGAGGGAUCAAACUGUCGUGAAGGGGAGCGAUGGUGUAAGUGUUGAAGCCAUAAAGGCUGCUGCAAGGGAGAAAAGUAAGCUCGUUGAAGAACUCAAGAGAACCGACAGCAAUAGGGAGGCACUUGUUGCUGCCCUUCAGGAUUUAAAGAAAACAGAUGGGCUAGCAUCACAAUUAGAAGCGCAAGAAAAAUUAAAGCGUGGAACUCCUAUGAAUGCUGAAGAAAUGAAAUUCUUUGAAGAUUUCUUUCCAAAUAAGACUUACCUAACAGCUUCUGGUCGGUUACAUCUGGAAAGUUAUGCCUGUGCCUUGGGACAGGUUUACUCUUUUGGACCCAGAUUUCAAGCAGAUAGAUCAGAAUCACAUAAAGAAGCUGCAGAGAUGUGGAUGGUUGAGGUUGAAAUUGCAUUUUCCGAGUUAGAGGAUGUCAUGAAGUGUGCCGAAAAUUUCUUCAAAUUCUCCUGCAAGUGGAUCAUGGAUAAUUGUGCUGAAGACUUACAAUUUGUUGCUAAACGAAUUGACAAAGCAAGCAUAGAUCGCCUUCAAUCAAUACUGUCGAAACCAUCUGUCAAGAUCACCUACAGAGAAGCAGUGGAGGCUUUGAAAAAGGCCGCAGAUAAUAAGGAAAUGAAAAUUGAAGAGGGUGGUGCUCUAACCGCAGAACAUCUCAGCUACUUGGCGGAUGAGAUUCAUAAGAGCCCCGUGAUCGUCUACAAUUAUCCAAAAGAAGUAAAGCCAUUUUACGUACGCCAAAAUGAUGAUGGAGAGACAGUGGCUGCUUUCGAUAUGGUCCUUCCGAAGGUCGGAAGACUUCUGACGGGUAGCCAAAGUGAGGAACGAAUUGAUUUACUGAGCAAAAGGAUGAAAGAUAGGGGAGUGCCUCAGGAGCAGUACGAGUGGUACAUGGAUCUUCGGAGGCACGGAACCGUCAAACAUUCGGGAUUCAGCGUCGGUUUCGACCUGAUGGUCCUGUUUGCCACCGGCCUCACGGAUGUCAGGGAUGUUAUCCCCUUCCCCAGAAGUUUUGGCAAAGCCGACUGCUGAAAAUGUAUACGAAAACGAAUAAUUUGGAUUGAUCAUUACACAGUUAUUACCCGGAAAGAAAAAGAAGGAAAAAGGGGAAGAAGAAAAAGGAUAGCCGUGCCGGAAACCGCACCAUUGCAGAUUGCAAGACGAUCAUGUUUCGCUGUAACAAUUUUUUUAUUUUUUAUUUUUACGAAUAACUCGAAGUAAUGGAGACUCGGGAUAUCACAAAUGUACAGUAUUUAAAGGGGAAAUGACAGGAGAUGUAUGUGUGCAUUCGUUUCUUUGA